AUAAGUCUGUUGCUGACUUGUGAGGGAGGAGGAGGCAGGAGUCUGAGAGUAAUAGGCAUGUGUUGUCUGCUCGUCUCCUGUUUUGGGCUGCAUAGUUAGGAGUUGUAACUUUAGCAUUCCAAAGUUGUCAGCAACAGAUGCAGCUUGCUGUUUGGGAGCAAGUCUAGCUGUAUUAUCACUGGAAUCUAAUUAAAGGAUAUUUACACUUUGUAUAAGGAAGAACAGCUGAGAUCAUUUGACAUGCAUAAAAUCUGCUCUUUGCCCUAUUUCUGUGGACAGGCAGUGUGAUGGUAACAAGAUCUAACAACCAGCUGCUGGAUUCAUUCAGGAGCAUCUGCAAGGAAAACCUAAAUAAGGUUACAACGCAUAGAUAUCUAUGCAGGACUCUGCUGUCAAAAUGUAGAAGAGACUAAGGUUGCAAUACUAAAUAUGUCUUGACAUCAUAGAUGCCGUGGACUACAGAAGUGGCUUGGAUGACUUCCGAAAUUUUGUGGGAACUCUUUUUCAAGAAAUACACUUCACAUGUUGCCCCUUUUUCUUAGAAUCUGUCUGAAGCCAAAUAAGAGUGAUAGGUUCCAAAAAGUUGUUAAAUCAUUGGCCAUAACUAUACUUAAAACCAUUUGGCAGCACAUUUAGUGAAAGUUCCAGGUUAUAUGUUUGAGAGGAGGCAUACUUGAAGGGUUGCAGAUUUAUUAGUCCUUGUAUCUUGAGACAUUCCAGUUGUUGUGUUUUUUUUUUAUCUGAAGAUAGCUUGGCAAUUUCUUAUUAACUGAAUGUCUCUUGAGUUGCAGAAGUCUGUGUCAAAUACAUUUAAAACCAGGCUGUUGAAAUUAAAUGAAACUGUACUUCUCACACAUACACAUGUUAGAAACAUCAUGUGACAUUGUUAAAGAAAGUCCUUUGUUAAUACAGUACAGUCUCUGACAACAGAAGCAAAUAUUUGAUGUUGACAUUACAAUGUAGGCCUUCUAUAGAAUGCUGGCCAUGUGUCUCCAGUAUUAGAAGCCAUUUGCACAUGUAAACAAAAAUGAAGCCCAUUUCCCCAAUUGGUUCUCCUCCCCCUCUGCGGCUCCUGAAUAAGGGUCCUGAAUACUUACGUCGACAAAUAGACAGUGGAAAUAGGGGACAGGUAAUUAGUGCUGUUGAGAGACUUGAAGCAGACAAAGCCAAAUAUGUGAAGACUCAAGAGGUUCGAAACACCAGGCAAGAACCUGUAAUUAUGCCCUAUGCAACUCCUCCUCCCUGUCCAAGAAAUAUACACUAUUCAGCUCCUCCCUGUCCAAGGAACAAGCCUACAUAUGACAGCAUCUCCCAUGUUUCUAGCUGCAAGGAGAACCAGCAUCUAGAGGAAGCUGACAGUGCCCCAAAGGUUACUCAGCAGACUCCUAUCCUGCGAAGAAGCACUGGGAAAAGAAUGAUGAGGCCAGACUCCUUAAUCAUGUAUCGCCAAAAGCGUGACUGCAAAACAGUCAACAAAGAAAAUACCAAAGGUUAUAGCCUGGUCCGGUGGUUAUUCCAAGGAUCUCUUAAGGAAAAAACUGUAGCUAUCCCUGAAGCUUUGCUGAAUGUAAAAGAUAAAGGCACUUCUAGGGGUGAAUAUUCUACAGAACUGCCUUCUCCAGAAACUCUUUCACCAAGAUCCUGCAAUUUACAACUUAUCACACUUAGUCCUGCAGCAACCCCAUCUGUAUGUCGACACAGGAUUUCCAUAUCCACACACAGUGCAAAGAAACCUAUUGAGCUACCCAUACCCAGGCCAAGAGAGCCCCAUUCUGACCCCUGCUGGCGGAACUCAUUGGCUGUCUCUGAGAAAGAAAGAUUCUUUAACUACUGUGGUCUGGAUGCAGACAUUGUGGAGCACUUUGGGAUGGCAAAUUUUUUACCAGCUACAUCAGAUACUGCGUCUCUUAUGUUUCGAAGCAUCAGUAGUGCUGGAUCAGCAGGGGAGGAAAUGUCUCAUUCUAGUGAUGAUGGGAUGGGACUAAUGGAAGAUGAACUGAAGGAACAAAUACCUUCAGUGGUAUCCAUCAUUGAACGAAAUGCUCGGGUCAUCAAAUGGCUCUACAGCUGUCGAAAGGCCAAGGACACAUCGAAGGAAUCUACUGUGUAAAUACGAACUGAAGCAGCCCAGGGUGUGACAGAAAGUAAUUGUGUUAUUUAUACAUGUGUUUAUUUUUGAAUGCAGUGCUGUUUUUUUAUCAUUUAUUUAUUCAAUGCAUUAGAGGCUUGGUGAGAUAAGCUGAGUGUAGAGCACUAGUUUACCAUAGCUGAUUACUGAAGUUGCUUGUAUGAAAGAAAUACAUAAUGCAGCAUUAGCCAACUGUGUUAAAGCUUGUGCAUCUGAUAUGUAUUUUCCUAGUGCUGUAAUCUGCUCCCUGGCAUGCCGUAAUGGUGUGGUAACAAGUGAUAGAUUGUUUUGCUUCCUACAUCACUGCACUCAAAAACUACCAUGCUGGUGCAGAAACAAACUUUUUUGCAGUGGUGGCAUUACAGAAUUUGAAGAGCAUUGCAAUUGCCUUAAUUCAUUAAGACAUUUCAAAAACUCGCUGUUGGUCAGUAAUCCUGUUCCCUAGCUGCAGUCUUCAUCAGUGAAAAAGCUCAGUAAGCCAUAGAACAGCACGCUUUCAUUUCCCACAUAUGUAAAAAGUGACUGCAGUCAGUGUUUGUAUUCAUGUUCUGCUGAUACUGUGGCAACCUAAUUUUCAGACUUCAGCACUAACCUAAAAUUUUGAGCACUGCUGUACAAUUUAUGUAAAAGUAUGAAACUACAGACUGUCGUUGCAUAUGUGACAGGCAUUUUUGUUUAGUUUGGACACUGAUUUCUGCUCAAACUCUAUGCCAAAAACUUUCUUUUCUACUUUAUUCAGGGCCUUAUUUUCAUUCUAGAUACUGGACAUACACUUUUGCAGUCAUUAAAAAAUGACUUAUCAGAACUCCUGUUUUGCAAAUCCGUACCAGAUGCCCAUUUGUGUUCUAGUGGAAAUGUCCUGCAAGUUGCAUGGGAGUUCAGCACUUUAGUGCAUGGCUGUACAAUUUAGUGUUGCAAUAAUUACUUGCUUAAGUUUUUCAUCUGGUUUGGGGAUGAGUAUUUGCACUUCAUAUUUAAAAGCAAACCAGAAUCAGCCAGAGGCUGUCAUACUAUCAGGUUUUACUUACCCUGUGCAUUGUGCUCUGUGGUGUGUAUGUCCCAGUGGUUUCACUUGAGAUCAUUCUUAAAUCUCAACUCCUGCAGUUCUUUUGUAACCAAAUGAACAUUCAUCUUCCCGAGACCACGCUAAUGACAAAAGCUUGUUUUAUUCAUUCACUGAGCAAAAGUACUUUUCCAUAUGGGAAGUCAUCCCACGUCCUAGGCCCUAUGUGAGAACUUCACUUUUCCUAUUGAGAUAUUCACACCUUGUUUAACUUUCCUAAUCUACUUUGGAGAUAUUCACAACUUGUGGCAGUCUGCCUUUUUUUUGUAAUAUGCAAUAUGAAGUUAGUUGACAUUUGACCACUGAGAGACUCCAGCCAGUGAUGGUAGUAUACAGGUUAUACAAGCAUGAGACAUUUUUGUAGGUUCGAAGUGAAGGGAACACUGAUGCCUGUCAAACACCAGAUUAAAUAUUUAGGAUCAACAUGCAAGAGAUGAACUCUGGAAAGUAGUGGUGCAGUAAGUUUGCUCUGCUUUAUAAAUAAGCAAAUUUAACCCUUAGUUUAGCCCUGCUUUUUCAGUGCUGCUUAGCCUUUCUUUUCCUAGUAUACAACGUAUUUGGGAGUUGCCUUACUUUUACAGUUUAAAAGAAAUCUAGGCACGUGGGUUUGAACAAAAACUGCCUUUGGGCAUGAUCUUUGCAGAGAAACUCCAGUUCAGAAACAAGGCAGGUGUGUUAGCCCCUACCUAGAUAUUGAAAAGCAUGCUUUGUUUGUUGGACAAGUUAAUAAAUUGCAAAAAAUAUUUAUGGGGCAUCAGAAUAAUUUUAGAUCAUUUAAAAAUUCUGGUUAAAAAAUUGUUGGGGGAAUAUGAAAAUAUUUAAAGUCCUGAUAAAAAAUGUUAAUGUUGUAACCUUACAGGGCUGGAUUAAAUAUUGUGAUACUGUUAUACAAGUAAAGAUAUGACAAGUCCCCCAACCCCCUCCCCCCGGAUGUAUACAUCAGUUUCAUUGCAAGCAACAUAGAUGAAAUUACACAAUAGAUUCCAGCAAGACAAAAAUAACUGUCUUUUUCCUUUUUAACAGCUUAACAUUAUUCAAAGAUUUUGUGUGCAUUGUGUUGACAGUUGAAUAAGGCACUUUUUUUUAAUUUUUUUCUCUUCCCUUUCAAAGACCAUUGUGCUUCCUAAGUGACUUAUUGGCUUGCUACUUUCUCCACUCCAGUUUUGGAUUUCAGACGCUGGAUGGUGAGGAUGGGAUGUGGUGUGACCCCGGGAUCAUGACUACCAUCCCAGGGAGGUGGUAGGUUUGCACAUGCUAACAAACCCCAUAACAAGUGUAUCCCUGAAACAAAAUUUGGAGGCCUAGUCCCAGCUAUAGAGCAUUUGGUUUUUGGCAAGUCAGAGUGACUGGGUCUGUUACUAUUCUUAACCUUUGACAGUUGUUAGAAGUGCAGGGGGGCUGGCCACUUUCCUCCUCUGAGGAUUUGGCAGACUAUCAUCAGACUCUCAGUUCCCUCCCGUCCCUUGGAUGACUCUCUCAAAUCUCACACUUGUUAACCUGGGUCCCCGGACUGCAGUCAGAGCUUUAUCCAUCUUUGCUAGAGAUCCACCUUACAAAAGCACGUUUUUAUAUUUAAUAUUUUGCUUGUGAUCUUGUGUAUUACAAUACAACUGCAUUAUUUUGCAGAUUCUCCGGGGAAAUGAUUCCAGGACAACUUUGCAUGCACAGUGGUGCCAAGUGUAUUUGCAGUUUUUGCUUCUAUUCCUGUUCUGUUUGUAUUAUUGUAGUCAUUCUGCCAAACAUGGCCUAACAGAAUACUUCUUAAAGACCAAAGUACACAUAUUCCCUUAGACAUGUGUAAGAUCUGAUGUAGCAGGUGUAAUGGUGUGUCUGGUUUUGUUUUGUUAGAACCAGGAGCCUAAUUAUAAUGAAUUCUGUUCAUUUUAUCACACAUUCUAAAUCAAAUGCCACAUAUAGCUUAGAUAUAGGAAAGCAAAAAAAAAAGAUUUUUUUUAACUCCAUUACAGAAAGGCUUAUGAUGAUUAGAGAUUCUGUGGCAUAGAACUGAUUUCUGUUUUUCCUCCCUGUCUAAACAGUAUGGGCAGCAGUUUUUGUUCCAGGUGUCUCUUGACGAAUAGGGUAAUGAGGGGUUAUAGCAUGCUUUUCCUUUCUUUUUUUCCCUUGUUUACUACUUAGAUUGAUGGGAAUUUCACUAGUAAAACUGCUUGGUGGUUUCUGCUAGCUGUUGUAGUAAACGAGCAUGUGAUAGUAAUGUCCCUGAUUUUAAGAUGGGCAGUCCUGUUGUUUUUCACAUGGGGGAGGGGGAGGAGGGCAGCUUGUGCUUUUAAAGCAAGUGUAUACUCCAUUAAAAAAAUCAGUUCCUGCUGCCUUUUUUUUUUGCUAGCUGAAAUGGUGCAAAAAUCUUUUCCAUUUCUGGUCCUGUAUGUCUUGUAAUUUUAAGUCGAUGAGAGCUACUUCUGCUCUGUCUCAAUUAAUUUGGUUGUAAGCCUGUUUCACACCUUUGAUAUCGGAGAGGGCAACAUAAUUCCAAUUAUGGGCAUGCUAUAGGGCUGAGAGAGAUUUCACAUCAAUAUCUUACCCAUGUUCUCCUUAUAAAGUGUGACAGUGUCCAUGAGGAAAUGAUACACGUUCCACUGUAGACAUGUACAAAAAUUCAUCCCUAAAAGUCAAAAAGACAUGGCAUGUGGCCACCAAUUUCCUCAUACCCCAAUCUUACUUUGGCACCCCUGCUAGUAAUCAACCCUUGGUUGCAGGCAUCACAGAUGGGGGCUCUCCCGUAUAUAACAGAGUCGGACUUUUCUCUUUCAAAGCUUUUUGUCUCAAAAGUGAUCUCUGUGCCUUAUCCUCAUCUCUAUACUAACCUCCAGUGUUUUAUUACAGGCUCUAGUAGAAGUUGAAUUUAAAUGGAGAAUACAGACCAAGCACUCUGUCAUGUGACCAGUCAGCAUAUUAUACUUAUUUCCCCAAAGGCAAAUAAACUGCUUUGUGGCAUGUAUUUAUGUCACUAUGAGUCCUAGUUUCAUAGGUACUAUUCCAUUUCAUCUACUUGUAGUUCAUCUUUUAGGCUAUAAAUAUACUAGCAUGUUGUACAUUUCAGUCCUACCUUUCUGCAGGUUUAAUCAUCCUGUUCCACUAGGCAAAGGAGCAAGAAUGCAAGAUUUUGAGUAGUGACUCCUGUGCAAAACCGUGAGGCUUUUAUCUGUCACUCUCUCUUGCUGGUGUUUGAGACCUAUGACAACAAGACUCAUUCAGCUGUUGCAACCAGGCUUUUGAGACUUUUGUCUGUUGCUUGACAUCCACUGAUUGAGUUCAUUUUUGCCUGAAUGCUGCUUGGUUUCUGCAUGAUUGACUGAACUGUGACCGGUACAAGAUGCUAAGUUAACAUGUCUACCCUCGCAUCUUUAACUCUGUAAGAGCUUAUUCAAAUCUUGUUUUAGAUUCCUAAAACUUUUAAUGUAUCACUGUACCCAGAUUUCAUAGCAGGCUAGAUUACUGUGCUGCCUGUAGCAGCUCUGGCUAACUACACCACUAUUUUAUGCAUCAUCUGCCAAAAGUGACAUGCUAGCACCAUUACCUUUUUGUGGGUUGUUCCUUGUGUAAUAACACAUUUAUUAACUUUUUUUAAAUAUGAAAUUGAUGCCAGGUGAGUACAUUUCAUGCAAAAGCCAUUCCAAACACACUAUACUGUCUUUUGUAGUUUUACUGUGAAUUGCACAGGGAAAGCAGAUAGUCAUAACACAGUUGUACUUGUAUCGCUGCAAUAUGUCACUGCAUCCAGUUAACUUGCUUUCACAUGUAAUCAGAUUACUGGUAUACCUUUGGUAAUGUACAUUAUUUUGGGACAGACUGUUUUCAGGUUUGGGGUUUUAUUUAGAUUUUUUUAUGUUUGGAUUCAAGGCAACAAAUGCUGCAACAUGUUACCUGUUGGCACUUGUGCUUCUGUUAUAAUCUGUCUUGCCAAGUUAUUUUGUCCCCUCUCCCAAGAUGGACUAUUCUAGAGUAGCCUGUAUUUCUGUGAUGUGUUAUACAAACUACUAAUAAGCUACUUAAAAAGCAAUACACAGAGGCCUGGUCUCUGGGGAAUGCCCCACUUUAUUGCCCUGUUUGCCAAUACUUUGACCUCAAGAUUCCUGACCUGAAGCCAGGUCCCCUUCCCCAGCCAUCAGUUCAUCCCACUACCAUCUCCACAUCCAUUUUGUGAAGUGCAGAUCUUGUAUAUGUUUCUCAUUCAGACAUCUUCCCAGUUUCCAGGUCCUAUUUUAGUCUCUCAUUUACAUGCUGGUGCAUAGGAAUUUCAAGUUAAAGGACAGAGAUUUUCAGCAGCCCUGUUUUCACCCCAUCUUAUUUCACAAGAGCAUUUUUUUUCUCCUCUUAAAUUGGCUGCACAUUAUCUAAAUCAUUAGUUUGGCCAGUAGUAAUUCAUAACUACUAGUAGCAGUAAGUAAAAUGGCUGUAUUUCAUUUCUGGUUCAUCACUGCAGCUGCUUAUAUCAUUAAUGUAGAAAGGCAGUCAUGGGAAUGGUGCAGAUUUCUGUCACCUUUCUAGAGGCAGUGUUUACUGCACACUAAUGACAGGAAUUGCACAGUCUUGUAAAAGAACCUAGAGACCAUGUCCUCACCACCAGAGAUCAAGUCUGCUGAGGAAAACUUAACUGUUGGUAUGGAACAAGCAAGACCACAUUACAUAAUCUUUUCUAAUAUCUUAGUAUCCCUGGAUAACUUAACUCUUACCUAAGUUGCUGUUAUCGUGCAUCUGGUCUGUAGUUAACAGAAGCUACAGGGGCUAUAGCUGUCAUCUAAUGCAUGUGGGAGAGCAACGGUCACCAUUUUUAAUGCUGCAAUUACAGCAGGAGAGUCUACUAGUGGGAAUGUGGUCUCCAGAUCAUUUUCAGCAAGUUGUGAUGUUGAGUAAGCUGCGUUUAGAAGUGGUCAUUCAGGAAGCUGUCCUGAGCUCCAUCUUGGUGGUCAGCAUGGUCAAAUGGCUUGAAAAGAAUGAAGUGCUGAGGCACGUGUGAAGAAACAGGUAUGUGAAGUGUAAUAGGCAAGCAGUUACUUGUCUCCUUCCUUUGGGAAGGAGUUCAUAUUCAUUACAGGUUUAGGACAAACAGCUGCAGAAAGUAUAUUUCUUUUGCAUUAGUGAACACAAAUCAGUCUAUGCUUAACUCCUGUCUACUGCAAAUUGUAUUUGGAAAAAUAUUUCUUCCGAAUGUGUUGUUGACAAACAGUUUUUUGUCUUUUCAGUGUUCUGCAUCCAUGAAUCUAUGACUAGUACAAUAACAGGUCACUGUUAAGUGUGUGAGCAGUAUUUUGUUUAUAAAAUUAUGUUAACAGGCUGGAUAACCUGAACAAUAAAGCUUUUAUUUCUUUUUA